AUUACCAGUAGUUGCCGCUAUGGUUCUAUGUUUAAGUAGUCUGAAACCAUCAAAUGUAGCAGACAGCUUUGUGAAGCAAUGAGGGUUAUAACGAUGAUACGUUCUAUAACUUUCAAUCAGAAUUUACAGCAAGGACUGCUGUCCCUUGCUCGUAAUAAUGGAGCUAUGCUGUCAUGUCCUGUUGUUACAGAAAAUUUGGCUAAACAAAUGAGUACUGCAGUUCAAAAAUCUGAUCCAUCAUUACCACAAAAACCAAAGAAAGAACCAUACAGUCCUUUCCAGAAUACCAGUAAUGGAGUUGAAUAUGCUUUAGCCCGAGUAGAUGAUCUCUUAAAUUGGGCUCGUAAGAAUUCAAUCUGGCCAAUGACAUUUGGUUUAGCAUGUUGUGCCGUAGAAAUGAUGCACAUUGCCGCACCUCGUUAUGAUAUGGACAGAUAUGGUGUUGUCUUCAGAGCAUCACCUAGACAAUCAGAUGUUGUAAUAGUUGCUGGUACGCUGACCAAUAAAAUGGCCCCUGCACUAAGAAAAAUCUAUGAUCAAAUGCCAGAACCAAGAUGGGUUAUUUCAAUGGGUAGUUGUGCGAAUGGUGGUGGAUAUUAUCAUUAUAGUUAUUCUGUAGUCAGAGGAUGCGAUAGAAUUAUUCCUGUUGAUAUAUAUGUACCUGGUUGUCCUCCUACUGCUGAAGCAUUGUUAUAUGGAAUUUUGCAACUACAGAAAAAAAUUAAGAGAAUGAAGGUUACACAAAAUUGGUACAGAAAGUAGUGUACACAAUAUAAUGCAACACUGUAGUAAUAAAUAUAUAAGUUAUUAAAAAUUAUAGACUAUAUAGACAAUUAAUAAGUUAAAACUUGCAGUAAAUUUCUAAAUUUUACUAUAACUAUAUUUUAGCUUCUUUAUCUUAAGUGUAACAAAAAUAUCUAUAUAUCUAAUAAAAAAGAAAAUACAAAGAU